AUGGAUCUACUUCAGUCUCAAAUAAAAGAAAGCUGUAACUUGGCGUUACCUGAAGGACUGAAAGAUUUGAUGUCUGAUAUUUCAAGAGAGGUAUUAAGAUCUCAACCGAAUGAUGUGAUACAAUUCAUAGUUGGUUACCUUAAAGUUUUAUUAGAAGUGAGAGAAAAGUUGGCCAUCGCUUGCCACAUAUGCAACGACACUUACAAAUGCAACUGUGAUUCAAAUCUAUACCAUGAAAUAAAGGCUAUUGGUUUAGACGAUGAAGAUGUUGAUAGUGCUAUAAAAAUUAUUGAAGAUCAUUUUGAAAGAGGCAACGUCGAAGAACAAAAAUUGUUGAUAAAGUUGGCCAAAAAGCUAAAUAUUGACGAGGCACAGUUGACUUCCAUUCAAGAAGUCAUUCAGAAAUCUUUCAACAGACAUGUUUUUAGUGAAGAUGUUUUUGACGUGAAUGUUUCUGAUGAAGUCACAGGCGCCGUACAUCACACUCUAGAUAUGUACAGACAUCAACAACAGAUUGUAAUAAUACAUAUACGACCUGAAGAGGUGUUCAUUUCAAGCUAUGAACAGUGUCACAGAAUAUCAUCGUCUGCUUCUCUAGUUUCUGAACAUGAUAAUAUUAAUUUGGAUGAAAAUCCAAUGCAGACAGAAGAAAAAUCAGAGGACGUACAACAGUACCAAACAUCAGGAAAAGUUAAGUUCAUAGAAGAAAAAGAUAUCUUUAAUAUACAGGACCAGGAGAAGUCCACGAGCUCUGAUGAGAGUUACUUGGACGAGGACAUUGAAGAACUGAUCAAGACUGAACAACAUGAUGAUACAGCUUCUAUUAUAGAAGAAGACUUCGCUGCAGACCCUGAACACUCCAGCAUCAAUACUCUACAGACACUUUGA